AUGCUGGUAAGACUGAAUAUCAUGGCAACAGCACAUGCGAUUAUUGCAGGCUCUCAACUUUCGAGCAAACCUGACAUUCCACUUCAUCAACUCAAUCAAGAAUUUCCCGUUAUUGCCCCAGAUGAUAAAGACGAUUCUGACUAUAGCAAUUUCGGUGUUGAGGACGUCGAUAGCGAAAAAGAAAUCAGUGACGACGAAGAACAAGAAGAAGUCAGUGAAGACGAGGAGACUUCAGAUGAAGCUGAAGAAGAUAGCGAUUUUAAUGACAUAGUUGAUAGCGAAGCUGAAAGUACAGAUGACGGCGAAGAUGAGUCGUUGGAUGGGAGUACUGCCGAGGAGAGCGAUCAUGACCAUGCUUCAGACAACGGGGUUUCUGAGGACGACAGCGAAGCCGACAAGAAGGCAGCUAGACGGAAGGUACGAGAAGCAGGUUCGAAUCAGAAAGUUCCCAUUGAAAUGAACAGAGACCCGGCUACUGUUCAGGUUCUUCUAAAAUCCACACAAGCUUCUCAAGUGAUUGUUCGAUCGCAGCAGCGACGCGACGUGCCGGCGAGACAGCAAUUCAAUGAACAACAACGCAUGCAAUCGAUACAGCAACUUCGAGGUCAGGGGGGAAUUCCUCCAGAUCUGGUGAGUACACAAGUAGAGGACGAGGAAGAAGAAGAGGAAUAUGGCGAUGGAGUGAUAGAAGAACUUGAGGAAAAAGAGGGCACUGAUGAAGACGAUGUAGGUUUAGGACAACCAUUUCAUGCACAGGUAGAUGGGGUAGCACCUCAGAUGCAAGUCCAUGCGCGAAACGAAGCAUUUAGCUGGCAACGUCAGCAGCAGAUGCAAGCUGUGCCAGCACAUAGAGCUUUAGAAGAAAGACUGGUGGACGAAGAAGAGGAUGCUGAAGACAUAGUACAAGAAGAAGAGCAAGACCAGGUACAGCAUCUUCAUGUCCAAGCACAAAGGCAGACAAUGGCUCGGGAGCGUCAUGAACAGAUACAUGCUGCUAUGCGAAAGGAGACUUUAGGACAAGAGCAGAUACAGGAGGAAGCCGAAGAAGAAGCAGGACUAGCUGCAGAGCAAGAAGCAGCAGAAACUGCCGCCUAUGUGACUUCGCAGAAGCACGGCAAAUAUAAGAAACGCCAACAAGCACUUCAGAUGGAGCAGACAAUGCAGAAGAAGGCGGAUGACGAACUCGCUGCCAUAGAGGCGGAAGAGCUAGCCGCACAGGAAGCUGAAGAGAUCGAGCUACAGCAACAGGCCCAGCAGGAACAGCAACAGCUGCAAGAACAACAAGAAUCACAAGACGUUGCCGACAAAUCAAACCAGAAAAGGGCUGUGGACGAAGCUAAACAGUUGGCAAAGCAGGAAAAGGACGCAAGGAGAGCUGAAGAGAAGACGACAAAGGAUGAAAGAAGAGCCGAAGAGAAGAGGCAAAGGGAUGAAAGGAAGGCUGCCGACCGUGACGAACGUGAGAAUCGUCGAAGAGAAGACACAGAGGCCAAGCGAGAAAGAAGAGCUGAGGAAGCUGAGCAGAGAAGAGGGCAGCGCGAUAUAGACAACGAAGCUAAGAAGGAGAAGAGAGCGAACGAUCUGGAGAUGAAGACGACCCAGGCAGAAGAAAGGCGGGAUCGGGAGGCUGAAGAAGCCACUCAGCGGCAACAGCAACAAGAGAUAGAUCGAGAAGCUCGCAAAACAGAAAGAGAACUCCAGUCAGCUGAUAAAAUCGAACGGGCACGGGAGAAAGCGGAUCGCAAAGCCAUGGAGGCAACUCAGUGUCUCGAAGAGCGGGCUAUGACACAGGAAGCUAGAAAGGCUGAACAGGAAACAAACAUGCAAAGCCGAUUGAGUGAGAGGCAACACAAGAUAGACCAGAAGGCUGCUGAAGCCGCGUAUCGUCUAGAGGAACGUGCUAUGCAACGGGAAGACAAGGUGCAGCAACAUCAAAGAGACUUAGACGAUAAUAGGGCUAGACGAGAAACUGAAGCUGAAGAUAAGAGGCUUAGGAAGGAGGCCGAGGAAGAGAAUAGAGCAUCCAAGAAAGAGGCUGACCGUGAGAGAAAGAUACAACAACAAGAGGACAAGCAGCGUAUGAGGGAAGAGGAAGAGGAACGACAUAUAGAGACCAGCAGUACCAUGGAUAGGCCACAGAGAGGCACAGCUCGACAAUCCCAUACAGCCACCGAAGAGAUUCGCGAUAUCCCAGUACCCCAAACUUACGAUACAGCAUGUAGAGACCAGAAUCGACAAGCGUAUGGUGAGGAAGGCAGUUUUCAAGAAGACCAAUGGGAUGAGAAUCGAAGACAGCAUCUAGAGGGACACCCAGGCGUGCCACACACUGGCGCUGUACGUCAUGAUCAUCGAGGCGAGCGUUGUUCAGGCCAUGGUCAGCAAAGACAUCGGCACGAGCAGAAUGGCAUGCAUGUCAACCUCACACCGGAGCAACAUGCAAAGGCGGAGCGAGAAGCACAGGAAGCAAAUCUCAUAGCAAAGAAAAAGGCAGAGAGGAAGUUGAAAAGAGAAACUAAGAAAGCCAAGACUAAGCAAAAUUCCAAUAGUUUCAAUGGUCAAGGUAAAGUUGACAAGGAUGGAAAAGGUGGAGUUCAAAGCACUACCCAACUACAAUCUGGUACAGAUCAAACCUUGGUUUUGGAGAAGAGAGCCAAUAGAAAAUUGGCAAAGUCAGACAUGAAAGCAGCAAAGAAAGAUGCCAAUAUCCGACAACGGGUGGCCGGAAUGGGAAAAGACAGCGUAGAUAGCGAGCAGAAAGGCGAGAUGGAGCUACCCACGAGUAUGGAGGGAGAAGUAGAGAAAAAGCGAGUUGAGAGGAAAGCAGUGAAGCAGGACAAGAAGGCAGCGAAAAAGGAUGCUGACGCCUGGAAACAGGCUACUGAGUCGGGUGUCAAAAAUGGCAGUGCGGUUACAGACCAGACAGAUGCCAAUGGUCAAAAGGAGAAGCGGAACGAAGGAGACGGUGCAAAACCCAACCAGGAGAGCUUCGUAGAACAAGACAGGGACACAGAGAACUUAGGGGGAUCACCGAAGGGAGUUAUCAUAGCGAAAAAGAGGGCCGAGAGAAAAGCCACGAAAGACGGAAAGGGCGCUGAGCACAAGGAGAGUAAGACUGGAGAUUUCGAGUCAGACGGCAAAGACGAUAUGGCUUCAGAACCCAAAGCCGCUAAGGAAGAGGCUUACGAACAUAAGAAGGAGGUGAAUGCAACGAAAGUUGAAGUUAAGAGAACAGCUUUGGAGUUGAGAUUGGUGCACAAGACUGAGAAAGCUAACACGAAGGAGGCUGAGGAGGCUGAUAAGAAAGAACUCCCGAAUGCUAAAGGGUCUCCGAACGACAAAGAUGCAAAGUAUGCUGGAAAGUCUGAGAAGACUAGCCCCACAGAAGCCAAUAAGGAGGCUAAGAAGGCGGAGAAGACACGGCAGAAGCUUGAAGCAAAGGUACUAGCAUCAGAUAAGAAGGCAAUAGACAAGGAGGAAAAGCUAAGGCAGAAGUCUACUGCAAAGCACGAUACUGCUGGCACCAAGGAUACUGACAAGGAGGAGAAGCGGAAACAAAAGCUGGCAGCAAAAGAAGCUGUUGAAGAUGAGAAUCGGAGGCUAAAACUAGCAGCAAAAGAUGCGGCCAAAAUAGAGAAACUAGAGCGGAAGAUUGCGGAAAAGGAAGAGAAGUCGAAACUCAGAGCUGCAGCCAAAGAGGUCUCCAAAGAGGAGAAGCUCAAGCAGACAAUCGCCGAGAAAGAAGAACGAAGGAGACAGAAGCUAGCAGCCAAGGAAGCUGAUAAAGAAGAGAAACUCAGGCAGAAGACCGCCGCCAAAGAAGAAGCGACUGGAAGAAAAGAGCACGACAAGGAAGAGAAGCUUAAACAAAAAGAGGCCGCCCACGACCAAGCUGUCUACCAGAAGGAACUAGAUAAGGCUGCAAAGGCCGAGAAGAAGGAACAAGACAGAGUUCUCAAAGCUCAGCAGAAGGAGAGGGACCAGAUCGCAAAGGCUGAGCAGAAACAGAAAGACCAGGCUGCUAAGGCGCAACAGAAGGAAAGAGACAAAGCAGACGCGCAGCUGAGAAAGCAAAAAGAGAUGAUGGUUGCAGCGCAGAGGAAGGAAGAGGAGAAAAUUGCAAAGCAGAGAGAACGUGACAGAGAGCAAGGAAUGGCAUAUCAGAGGAAAGAGGCCGGGAAGAGUGCCGCAGAGAGUGCUCUGAGACCGACAGCAGCUUCGAGACCUAAAGCGGCGGCACCAAGAAAGGCUGCUCCUGCGAGGAGGCGGAGGUAA